UGCAUUAUUGUGUACCGCUGUUGUGUACCAAUUCGUCGAUGAUAGAUCGGGAAUUGCCGUUGUAUUCAAUACGCGUUGCAGUGAUGAACAUUAGAGACGUCCAAGCAGUAUCCACCGCAUGGCAAGACAUCUAGCAAACACAGUACAGCUUUUUGAGGAUUUGCUCGAGUGGUGCUAAUUCUUCACCAUGCCGGAAGACAGUCUCAUUGAGGAGUUUAAAGAGUCGUGCUUGGACGCCCACAACCGGCUCCGCAAAGAUUACGGCGCCCCGCCCCUAAAAUGGGCAGAUGAUGUGGCAACACAAGCCUCUAACUGGGCACAGAAUUUAGCCGAGAAGGGAUACAAGCAACACAGUGAAAACCAGUUGCUUGGAGAGAACAUACACAUAACGACAUUAGACGAGGACAUCAGCGGGGAAGGACUCGUCGAUCUGUGGGAGAAGGAAACAGAAUAUUAUGAUUUCGACAAUCCAAGAUGGCAGAAAGGCACAGAACGAUUCACCCAGAUGGUCUGGAAGUCGACCACCGAAAUAGGAAUAGCCAAGGCCAAGAUGUUGAACGCGGAGCGGUACGUGGUGGUGAUCAACUACCGGCCGCCAGGCAACACCAAUCGGCCGAAUGACUUCAAAAAGAACGUCUUACCAAAGCAGUAAAACAUUUCUUGUGUAGAUCAUUUUCUUUUAACUGGCGACGUUUUAGAUAUUGCAUGGGUUAGUUAAGGUCCAUGACCAAUGGAGAAAUAUGGUUGCAAAAGUUUGCUUUGCAAAAUUUGAUUGCUGAAUGGAGCUUUUGUCUGGGUAUAUACCAGUCAAAACCAUUCAGGAAAAUGACGUUUUGGUUGGGAACCAACUUUCUUGCUUUUUGAAAUUGACACUCCGCUGACAUUUCGAAGUCUCUCUUCCAGUUUUGCCCAGUUUUGCUCAGCGAAAUAAGUUAGCCUAACAGUCAAAAUGAAAAGUGAUUUUUACACUCUCUGUCUUCAUUUCUGCAGUUCGCUAUGCUGAUAAAAUUGUUUAGCAUUUUUUUAAUGAAGCACCUUUGUAAAUUUACUGACUAAAUCCAUUGUAUAUGUAUCAAGAAACCAGACAUUCUUUAUAUUUGACGUUGCAAAUUGUCGAUUCAGUUUUUUAACUAUGGGUUAUGAUGAACACACUUUAAAUGUUCUUAUAAAAGGGAAAACAUUUUGAUUCUCAUUAUUUGGCCUUUGAACAGAUUUCUUGUUAUUUGUUUUAAGUAGUUUUCUGAAUAGGAACCAAGUAUAAAUUUAUGCACGAGUUAGUUUUGGGGAUUUUAAAUAGGGUGGUUUCACACUUUCACAAUGACGACGUCGGUUACACCGCCUCUUAGAUAAGCCACGCCCCUUAAAGUCGUUUUAUUGUGCAGUUUUUUCCACUUGCUCGCUUCGGUUUUGCUUGUUUAUAGACACCACAGAGUGCCUUUUUAAAUACUGUCUUCCACGCAAUAUGAUAUUGUUGUUAAGUUUGUGUUUAAUUUGUAAAAUAUUUCAUGCGAAUUUUUAAUGAGGGAAUGAAUUAAAAUGUGUGCUUUAUAAGAGCAGCCAUUUCUAAUGUAUUUCAAAUAUUUUUUUUUUUUGUGAUUAAGAAUACAAACUUCGCACUUUCUAAUUUUGGUACCAAAAUCGUAGAUAGCUUUUGUUUCAAGAUUUAAAAUUCACCAAUGUGCAUGUAAUAAGAAUAAGAAUUGGUUCCUUUUGCAGCAGCUUUGUUUUUAAAGAAAAAAGCAGUUUACAGAUUUAUGAAUGAAUAUUAGGCUUAAUUAUUAGGGAAGAUAUUCUGAGAAGAAAAUCAUGUUCGUUUUAUACAUAAUUUUCGGCAGGGUGUAUUUAUCAUGAGUAAAAAUAGUCAUGUAAAUUUCUGCUGAUAAACAGGCAUGGCAAAUUGUAUUUUUAGUGAAGAAAAAAAAGACAAGUGGAAAUGCUGAAAAAUUAUUUCUUAAAAUA